CCGCCUGGGGAAGGUGGAGCAUGGAGGCCAUUUGGCUCUACCAGUUCCGCCUGAUCGUCAUCGGGGACUCUACCGUGGGCAAAUCCUGCCUCAUCCGCCGCUUCACCGAAGGGCGCUUCGCCCAAGUGUCCGACCCCACCGUGGGCGUGGAUUUCUUCUCCCGCCUGGUGGAGAUCGAGCCAGGCAAAAGGAUCAAGCUGCAGAUCUGGGACACCGCUGGACAGGAGAGAUUCAGAUCAAUUACCAAAGCCUACUACAGGAACUCAGUUGGCGGUCUGCUCCUCUUUGACAUUACAAACCGCAGGUCCUUCCAGAAUGUUCAUGAGUGGCUAGAGGAGACCAAAGCGCACGUCCAGCCUUACCAGAUCGUGUUCGUUUUGGUGGGCCACAAAUGCGACCUAGACACUCAGCGGCAAGUCACCCGGCACGAGGCUGAAAAACUGGCCCUUGCUUAUGGCAUGAAGUACAUUGAAACCUCCGCCCGGGAUGCCAUUAAUGUGGAGAAAGCUUUCACUGACCUGACUCGAGACAUAUAUGAGCUUGUUAAGAGAGGUGAAAUUACUAUCCAGGAGGGCUGGGAAGGGGUGAAGAGUGGGUUUGUCCCAAACGUAGUCCACUCCUCGGAAGAGGUGGUGAAAUCAGACAGGAGAUGUCUGUGCUAAUUGCUUAAUGAAAGCAAGGAGAGAUUAUUGCUGAACUUUACUAACCAAAACAUACCCUGCUAUACAAACUUGUCGUGUGACAGAAGAGAAUGUGACAGUAGUAUGGCAAGUACCAAUGCCUGGUGCUUUGAACCUCUGAAGAAUAGAAUCGUGAAGGGCUGUAACCCCGUUAUGUAGGAAUGAACCCAGAUGCAUGCUUAUAUUGUAGGAGAUGGGGUAAUGUUAAGAGCAGAAAAAGAUCCAAUAGGGGUAGUAAAUAUCAGGGAAUUUUACAAACCCUGUUUUAAAUAAAUCUGUCAUUCAGUGCUUUGUGUUGAAGCCUAUUAAUAUGAAACAUAUUCAGAGGAGGAGAGACAGAAAUCUUGGCUUAUUAUUAUAUAUUUUUAGGAAGAUUAAAACAUAACAUGGUUGCCAUUC